AUAUCCUCUUGCAAACACACCUGCUACCUCGUUUAAAACUCCUCAUAAUGCGCUCUGUUGUUUGUUCACGAGUUCUGCCCUGGAAACACGUCAGAAGCCCUGCUCGGACGCCUCUCUUGAGAGCUGGAGUAGCUACUAGCGGCCACUUCAAGCUGCCAAAUGCUCGUAACGAGGAAAACCUACAUUAUGCAAAGUCUUCUCCAGAGCGAGCACGGCUCGACGAGGCCUUGCGAGCAUUGCGCUCCAAGCUUCCACUCCAAAUCCCGCUUCACGUUUCGGGCAUGUCGAAAUCAACAAGCCAGUCUUUGACAUCGACCAUGCCUUCAGAGCAUGCUCAAGAGUUCGCAAAGUCCAGUGCCGCGAGCGUUGAAGACGUCGAAAAUGCAAUCAAGUCAGCACUCGAGGCCAAGAAGUCAUGGCAGAAAGUUCCAUUCGUGGAUCGCGCUGCAAUCUUCCUGAAGGCUGCAGAGCUGGUGGCUGGAAGGUACAGAUACGACUUGGUAGCGGCGACAAUGCUAGGUCAAGGAAAGAACGCCUGGCAGGCUGAGAUUGACGCUGCUGCCGAACUCGCAGACUUCUUUCGAUUCAACGUUUCGUAUGCUGAAGAAGUCUACAACAAGCAGCCAACCUUGAAUGCGCCUGGAAAUUUCGGGCGAACAGAUUGGCGACCACUCGAGGGCUUCGUCUAUGCCGUAUCGCCUUUCAACUUCACUGCCAUCGGUGGCAACCUCGUUUCCGGCCCAGCUAUCAUGGGGAACGUCGUAUUGUGGAAACCCUCGCCAACAGGUGUCUAUGCAAGCUGGCUGGUCUACCAGAUCCUCCUCGAAGCCGGUCUCCCGCCCAACGUUAUCCAAUUCCUGCCCGGCGACGCAGAGCUUAUCACAAAGACCGUAUACGAACACAAGGAGUUUUCAGCUCUGAACUUUACUGGCUCCUCGGACGUUUUCCGUAACCUGUACGGCAAGGCAGCAGAAGGUGUUGUCAGCAAAAAGUACCGCGACAUGCCUCGGAUGGUCGGAGAAACAUCUGGCAAGAACUUCCACCUCAUACACUCCUCGGCCGAUAUCAGCAAUGCGGUCAAACACACCGUCCGAGCUUCUUUUGAAUAUUCUGGCCAGAAAUGCUCCGCCUGCUCCCGCGUCUACAUACCACAAAGCAAAGCACACGAGUUUCUUGACCAAAUCAAGAAAGAGGUGGAGCCAAUCAAAGUGGGCCCGCCCGAAGACUAUGAGAACUUCUUGGGCCCAGUCAUCCACAAAGGAGCCUUCGAUAAGAUCACCAAGAUCAUAGACAAGGCGAAUGGUGACAGUAAACUACAAAUUGUCUUCGGCGGGUCAUAUGAUGGAAGUAAGGGCCACUUCGUCCAGCCUUCAUUGUAUGUCGCAAACACGCUUAAUCACGAAUUGUUCGAUCAAGAGAUCUUCGGCCCAGUGCUUGUGGCAUACGUCUACCCUGACCAAGAGUUUGAGCAAGUCAUGGCCAAGAUCGAUACACAAGGAGGCGGAUUUGCGUUGACGGGCGCAAUCUUUGCGAACGACCGUGAGGUUCUGCGCCAGGCAGAAGACACGCUGCGAUACUCGGCUGGCAACUUCUACAUCAACUGCAAGACGACGGGAGCCGUCAUCGGUCAUCAGUCUUUUGGUGGAAGCAGAAGCAGUGGAACCAACGACAAGGCUGGAAGUGCGAAUGCUUUGAUGAGAUUCACUUCGCCUAGGACUCUGAAGGAAGAGAUGAUUCCGUUACAAUCUGUACUUUACCCCAGUAACCUUGCA